AUGCCGGUCGAUCAUUCAUUUUUGGUUAACGACGGCGGGAAUAAAAAUGAUAAUCCCGAUGAGGAUAACCAAUCCAAAGACGACGAAUCCUUCAGGGGUUUUUCAGACACGGAACAAGAAGCAACUGCAGAACCGAAGCAACUGGCGGCUCUCUUUCGUCAGCGAGAGCAAGUUAAACAGAGAAUCAUGAGCAUCCAGCGGAACAUUUUGCAUCAAGGGCAACCGUCUCUAGCGCUGCUGACAGUGAUGCAACACAAAUUGUCUGCAGCAUAUCAGGAGUGCAAUGGAUUUCACAGCAAGCUGAUGGCGCUAAUCCCGGAUGCGACUGUGUACCGACAAGCAGAAAUUUACCAGGAUUUCGAAGACCUUUUUGACCUGGUCUCAACGAAUGUGGAGGAGCUACUACUGGUUGCAAAGGACCGAGCAGCCUCAGCAGCGGGUUCAAAACAACAAGUCAUCAUCCAACAGCAGCCUCUAAAAGCGCCAAUUCCUACGUUUGACGGCAGUUACUCCAACUGGCCGAAAUUCAAGGCCAUCUUUUUGGAUCUGAUGGCCAACUCGAGUGAUACUGAUGCCAUGAAACUGUAUCAUCUUGACAAGGCUCUCGUCGGUCAAGCAGCCGGAAUACUAGACACCAAGGCGCUUAGUGGUAGUUAUCAACAAGCCUGGGCCAUUCUCACCGAGCGAUUUGAAAAUUUGCGUGUGAUUGUGGAAUCACACCUCCGGAGUUUGCUGUCGCUCAAGAAGAUGACGUCCGAAUCUCACAAAGAGCUGCGAUCACUGGUGAACGAGGUUACCCGCCAUGUAGAGAGCCUACGCUACCUUAAGCAAGAGUUGACCGGUGUGUCGGAGCACAUGACCGUGUUCUUGGUUGUGAAUGACCUCGACAAGUCGACACGAAAGGCUUGGGAGUCCACACAACGAAAGGGAGAGCUUCCAAGUUACGAGCAAACCAUCAAGUUCCUGACAUCCAGAGCCGAAAUUCUGGAGAACUGUGAAGCCGCGUACCAGAUACAAGUUCCAGCAGCGAAUAAUCCAAAACCAACAGCCUUAUGGCCGAAACCGUCUCAGAAAAGUCAUGCAGCCUCAGCAAAUCCAACGAAGACCAAACCAGCUUGUGACUUUUGCGGCGGUUCCCACCGCAACUUCCAGUGCUCGACCUUCAUCUCUUUGUCCACAUCCCAGAAGAGAGAGAAGGUGCGAAUCGCUGGGCUUUGCUACAACUGCCUACGGAAAGGACACCUCACCAGAAGUUGUUCUUCCACCAAGUCGUGUCGCAAGUGUGAGGCUCGUCACCACACUUUGUUGCACGAAGAUGUGGCGCCAGUUCCAGAGCGUGACGUCCAACCCAAAGCAUCGGUGGUAACCAAAGCGCCUAUACCGCAACCACCAUCCAUCGAAGAACCGAAAGCAACCACUACGAUAGACCACCAAGUGUCUACAUCUUGCUCCAGUUAUUUCGCCACCAGCGCGAAAACCGUACUACUGCUCACCGCAGUGGUAGAUGCCAUUGACAAACACGGCCAACCUUAUCCCUGUCGUGUCCUCCUUGAUAGCGGCUCCCAAGUAAACUUUAUUACGGAGGACAUGGCCAACCGUUUGGGAGUCAAGAAGCAGCGAGCCAACGUUCCCAUUACCGGAAUCAACGAGUUGCGAAGCCACGCUCGUGACAAGGUGAUGGUCAAAUUCCGAUCCAGAGUGUCUACAUUCUUCUGUAAUCUCGAGUGUCUGGUCACAGCCAAAGUGACAGGAAAAAUCCCCACCACCAAGAAUGACAUCAGUGGAUGGCGUCUUCCGGAAGGAAUAGUUCUAGCCGAUCCAGCGUUCCACACUCCCGACAAGGUGGAUAUGCUGAUCGGUGGAGAGUGGUUCUUCGAGAUCCUGAAGCCAAGACAUCUAAGUUUGUCCGACAAGCUGCCACAGCUGCGAGAAACUCACCUAGGGUGGAUCGUGGCCGGUGUCCUUAAAGAGUCGUACUUCGCCGAAGCUCCAGUGCAGCACUCCAACCUGGUCUCCAUCGAAGAAGUCGAAACCAUGAUGCAGCGGUUCUGGCAAGUCGAGCAAUUGCCGGAUAUCUCCAAGCUCUCCAGAGAAGAAGAAGCCUGCGAAACCCAUUUCCUGUCUACAUAUAAACGAGACCCAACAGGGAGGUUUGUGGUACAACAACCAUUCAAAGAAACCGUUGCCAAGCUGGACGAUUGCCGAGAUUUAGCACUGAAGCGAUUCCUGAUGCUAGAGAAGAGAUUGUUACGUAACCCCGAGCUCCAGACCCAGUAG